CUCCUCUCCUCUCGCGCCCCCAACAAUAGAGUGCUCUUGGCAUCGCUGGAGCGGAUUUAACGCCGGAUUCCACCCGCGUUUCUCCGGAGCGUCCCUUCGGAAACACAGAGUCCCCGGGUCGCUCUCCUCUUCCAGCAGCAGGACUUCAUCUGAUGUCAGAGACCCGAACAAACAUGGAGCCGAGCCGGGGAUUUAAAGCCUUGGAUACGGGGGCAUGCUCUGCAGCUCAGUGAGGAUGGACGGACAGUAAAGAGGAAUAAUUUUUAACAAACAUAUCAGUUAGUGGUGUUGCAGCAGAAGGAUGCCGCUGGUGAAGCGCACCAUCGAGCCCAGGCACCUGUGCCACACGGUGCUGCCGAGGAACAUCAAGAAUGAGCUGGAGUGUGUGACUAACAUCUCCUUGGCCAACGUCAUCCGCCAGCUCAGCAGCCUCAGUAAAUAUGCAGAAGACCUGUUUGGAGAGCUCUUCAACGAGGCCCACUCCUUCUCUUUCCGGGUCAACUCCCUGCAAGAGCGCGUGGACCGCCUUUCCAUCAGUGUCACACAGCUUGACCCCAAAGAGGAGGAAUUGUCUCUUCAGGACAUCACCAUGAGAAAGGCAUUCAGGAGUUCCACUAUUCAGGACCAGCAGCUUUUCGACCGCACGUCACUGCCCAUCCCUCUGCAGGAGACCUUCGAGACCUGCGAGCAGCCGCCACCCCUCAACAUCCUCACGCCCUACAGGGACGACGGGAAGGAGGGCCUGAAGUUCUACACCAAUCCAUCCUACUUCUUUGACCUGUGGAGAGAAAAGAUGCUGCAGGACACAGAGGACAAGCGGAAGGAGAGGAGGAAACAGAAGCUGGAAAUGCCUUAUCUUGUGUGUCCCAAGGGUUUUAUAAGAGUCCUCUCUGAAACCCCUCCUCCCCUCCUCAAUACCCCAGAGUUGCAGGAUCCCCGCAUGUAUGAUCAGGUCUAUAGGUACUUAGACCUUCCAGGGCAGAUGAAGGCAAUAGACCGUCCGCAGGAGCCAGAGAAGAUACCACGGGCGCCGCACGACCGUAAAAAGGAGUGGCAGAAACUGGCGCUGGGUGCGGAGCUGGCGCAGGACAUUCCUGAAGACAAACACAGAGAAGCGAACGGAUCUGCAGGUUACCAUAACAACAGGGCUCCUCUGUACAUGGAGCACAUGGACGGGCCCUUUUCGCUGGCGGCGCUGCCCUACAUCCAGAUGAACGAGCUGCUGAACCGCACCGGGGACAGAAUGUAUUCACGGCCCCACGACCCUCCACCGCCACCUCCUCCCAUGCACCCACUGGGAGAGAUAAAGCCACCCUCUGUGAUCAGCUCCAGUUCCGGUUUUUCCGACAGCAGACCUCAGUCUCCGGCACGAACAGCAGGAUUCAACUCCAACACUCCUCCUCCUCCGCCUCCACCUCUUCCCCCUCCGCCUCCGCCCUUACCCUCCUCAGGCCUGCGGGGCACCCCUCCUCCUCCCAUUCCACCUCUACCAGUCCAGCAGCCCCAGGCGAUCCCACCUGCCCCUGCUCCCCUCCAGAUUGCUCCGGGGGUGCUCCACCCGGCGCCUCCGCCCGUGGCGCCUCCACUCCACUCCUCCUCCCCGGCCCGUCUCCAGCAGGUCCUGGACAAGGGCCCACCCAUGAGCUUUGGUACCCAGUCGGAUGGCACCACUCUGCCUCCUCCCCCACCGCCUCCUCCUCUGCCUCUCCCCGGAGCGCGGAGCUCCUCCCCCUGUCUGUCAGGCCCGCCACCAGUGCCGGCCUUCCCCUCAGCAGGAGCCAUGGCCUCACCCCACAGCCUCCACGAUGUGGGGUCCAAGAGGCACCAUCCAGCCAAUCUACCGCCCAUCAGCGAUGCACGCAGUGUCCUGUUGGAAGCCAUCAGAAAAGGCAUACAGCUGCGAAAAGUGGAGGAGCAGCGAGAGCAAGAGGCUAAACACGAGCGAGUCGGCAACGACGUGGCCACCAUCCUGUCACGGCGCAUUGCUGUGGAGUACUCCGACUCAGAGGACGAGUCCGAGUUUGACGAAGGAGACUGGAUGGAGUAAUGAUCGUCAGGGAGAUGGGGAAAAAAUGAAAAGCAGCGGUGGCAGGAGAGGACAAAAUUGUUCAGGUGCACCCACCUCCAAAAACCCUGCACCCCACACCUCACCGUCAGAGUCCUUACCACUCCCGAAAGAAGAGGAACGUCGUUGUUGCCCAUUUAUCCUCUGUCGAAGUUUUUUAUCUCUCGUCUCGUUGUGGAUUGUGUUUGGAGGACAGUCUCCACAUCACCCUCGUCCGUGUUCUCGUGUUCCAAGAGAGAUUAUUUUGCAUUCAUUCUUUUCUGCACUACAGGACCUUUUUUCAGCUGGAUUUCUCCAUGUUUACUAUUGUUAUACAUGAAAAUGACUUUUUUGAAGAACCACUUGUUUUUAUUUCUUAUCUGUACAUCGAUUAAAAAAAAAUGAAAAAAAUGAAGGCAAGUUCUCCCAUACAGUUUUGCCGCCUGGUGGCUGAACACGGCAUUGAAUGACUUCUGUUUUAGCUUCUUUUAUUCACCUUUUCCUGCUGAAACGUUUGCGGUUGAUAGGCCAGUAGUUUGCCGACACUGACCACUACACCAGUGGUCGCUCAGUGUGAACACAAGCUGGGUUGUCUUUUGUUUUCUCUUGUUAUCAGGACUGGUUUCACCACAAAGAACAAGCAAAAGAUUGUGCUGGUAUGUCAAAGGUCAUGGGAGGAUUGUUUGGGGAAGUAAAUAUAUGUCUUCGGCAACGUGUGCAUAUCCAUCCACUUACAUCGAAACAUCACCCCAGGGAAAUAAAUGCCAAGAGAUUGAGCUUUUUUUUUUGUCUGUCCAGGUUCUGAGGAGCCAUGUUUGCUCAUGUUGACAGAUAGCAAUGUCUAUAAAAAACACUGAGCCAUCAGUUUGUAAGAAAGGAGCCUCAAAUCCUUCUCUUGCGUUAUUCGCCACACAUACGGACACUGGAAGUGAUGAGAUGCUGUAGUUGUACAUCAGAGUUCCUGCCUCUCUUAUUGUUCCAGGUGAAUAUUCAGUGUGCAGAGGAAAAAUCCUGAGAAGGUACCCACAAACCACUCGAUACCACCAAAGGCAGCUUUUUCCUCAGAUCCCCCCUUUACUGUGGACCCGCCCACUAUCGAGAAGCCUUACCUCGUUCAGUCCCGCAGCAGCAACUGUUGUUCAGAAGAAGAAAUUAGGCACGAUCGCUCCCUCUUCAGGCCUAAAGGAGGAGGACAGGUCAUGCCUUGUUGUGGCUCAUUUCAAAGCAAAUGUCUGCCAUCUUUUUCCGUUCGUUUGUUCGUUCUUUCUUCUACUUGCCUUAUUGUUCGUACAAAACGUAUCGUUGAGUUGAUGAAUGUAUUGUGCUGUUACUACUUACUUGCCUGCGCUUGUAUGGAUUUGCUGUUUCUAUGUUUGGGGGGUGGGGGGGCUAUGGGACCCUGGUUUAAAAAAAAGAAAAAGAUUAGAUCAAUACUGUAAAACAUGUAACUUAUGUAACUGUUGACUGUGACAGUUUGCUUGAAUUAAUAAAAAUCUAAUGUUAUGUUUCAG